AUGGAUAAGUCAUGGAUGCAUGCUGAUAGAAGAUCAAAGAAGUUUGAGCUAGGACUAGCAGAGUUUCUCAAGUUUGCCGAGUCUAAUGCCAAUAACAAAAACAAGAUUUCUUGUCCUUGCUUGAAAUGUAGUAACACGGAGGGAUUUUCUGUUGGAGUUAUUAAGGAUCAUAUAUUUUGGAAUGGUAUUAACGAGAGUUAUAAGCAUUGGAGGUGGCAUGGGGAACCUACUACAUCUGCUAUGAAUGACAGUAGAGUUGAAUCUGAAACUGUAGAUUGGGAACCUGGGAUAUGGAAGAAUGAUUGGGGCUUUGGAGAAAGUGAGGAUGAGCAGAUUUCCGAAGACUCUAAUGAGUUUUUGAAGUAUGUAGAGGAUGGGGAUCAACCUUUGUACCCAGGUUAUACGAAGACAACCAAGCUGAAUGGUCUGAUUCAGACCUUCAAUUUGAAAGCAAAGCAUGGAAUGACUGAUGCUUGCUAUUCAGAUAUGCUUAUCAUGAUUGGGGGUCUGCUUCCUGAAGGGAAUCAGGUUCCUUUGUCUUUGUAUGAAGCGAAAAAGACACUUAGUGCUUUAGGGAUGGAGUAUGAAAAAAUUCAUGCUUGUCCUAAUGACUGCAUCUUAUAUAGACAGCAGCAUGCAGAUGCUCUUAUCUGCCCCAACUUUGGUGUUCCAAGGUGGAAAUUGGGUAGGGAUAAAAUUGUGAAAGAAGGGAUACCUGCGAAGGUUUUAUGGUACUUUCCACCAAUCCCAAGGUUCAAACGAAUGUAUCAAUCGACCAACACAGCUAAGAAUCUUACUUGGCAUGAGUCUGGUAGAAAGAAAGAUGGAAUGAUGCGACACCCAGCUGAUUCUCCUACUUGGGAAUUACUUGACAAACAAUAUCCACAAUUCAGUAGCGACCCUAGAAACCUCAGACUAGCCCUAUCUUCUGAUGGAUUUAACCCGCAUAGUUCUCUAAGCAGCAAGUAUUCUUGUUGGCCAAUUAUACUGGUCACAUAUAACCUUCCUCCAUGGCUUUGUAUGAAGAGGAAGUUUAUGAUGUUGACAUUGUUAAUAUCGGGACCGAAGCAACCUGGUAACGAUAUCGACGUCUACUUGCAGCCAUUAAUAUAUGAUCUGAAAGUAUUGUGGGAUGGAGUUUAG